AUGAUCACUUCGCUCUUGUUGGUGCGACUAAUAGUCUUCCUCAUAGCCGUUCAAAUCAUGUCGGCGAGAGUAAAACCGAUCAACAUUUUCAACAAUGCAGCGGGUGCAGAUAUUCUUCACCUGAGAAAUAAAGGAAGCAAAAUGUUCAACGCACUUCGUAGCAACUCCAGUUCAAAAUGGAAAGAGAAAGAUUCACAUGGAAAUUUUGUCAUACCGUAUACAAUUAAUGCAAGCUACGACGAAUCGAAAAUGAGAAUCAUUGCGGUAGCAAUGAGACGCAUAGAGGACAACACGUGCAUUCGUUUCAAACCUCGGGCGAAUGAACGGAAUUACAUCCAGAUCGAAAAUCGUGGCGGUUCUGUUAGCCUCUUUUCACCAAACUCGCCUAAAUAUCGAAAAGGGCAGAUGAAAAUGAAUGAUGCUCGGCAAUUGUUGGUCGUGCCGAAGGUAGAGGCUUUGUAUCGCUACAUAACAGCAAUAAGGGAACGUACGUUCUUACCGAAGUUGAUAUUCGGUUUCGAAUUAACGAAAACAACUAAUGUUUUUAGCAUGAACAUUCACGGUACGAUCGCGACAACUUUGUCAAAGUGCACCGCGAGAACAUUUAAAGAGGGUCAAUGGAGUAGAUUCGAGAAAGUGAAUCCUGACGAAUUUACGACAUACGGUGUCCCAUACGACUACAAAUCGAUCAUGCACUAUCGUAAGGGAGAGUUUGCGCUCCGAGGAAAAAUAGCCAUUGAGACGCUCGAUCCUCGUUAUCAGGACGUUAUCGGCAACCAAAACGAUGCUUCUCUGAGCGAUUAUAUUAAAAUCUGCAAGAUGUAUCAAUGUCGCAAGUGCCUGGGGCAGAACAGCAGCGGUAGCGGCGGCGGCGAGGUUGAACAACCAGAGCCGACUGUUGCUCCAGUUAUUAUCAUAGUUAUGUUAUAUUAUCUCCGAAAGUACCAAGCUAUACCAGUGUUCGCCCUCUCGGAGGCGUGCCUGAAGGUUGAAAUCGUACUGCAUGUACCGAUGCAUGUUGUAAGACAACGGCAUGAGGAUGUGAACACCUACCGACACCAGCACAUCAAGACCUACAAUCGGUCCUUUGAGAAAGGAGAGUAA